GUGGUUAAGCCGCUGCCUCAUGCGCUGAGGUGCUCGUGCGGCGUGGAUUCGAGUCCGACCUACUGUUCUUUCAACAAAAUCUCUUACUUUUUACCACUUUCCUGACAUUUGAAGCGUAAAAUACAUGUCUAAAAAUAUAUCUUUAAAAGUAUGUAUAUUUGUAAAGCCAUUUAUUUUUUUACAUCAGCUGUUAAGUUGUCACAGCACUUUACAGACAGAAAUCGGGAACAUUGGAAAAAUCUUAGAGGACUGGGUGGCCAGUGGCUGUACUGAGUAGAUUUAAGAGUACAUUUAAUAUUAAGGCCAGAUUCUUUUUCAAGAUGUUCAAACAAGAUGUCUCUCCAGGUUCCUCUACUUCCUGCGAUGUUCCUGUCUCUGGUUCUGGUUGUCUUGGCUCUGGCAGGGGUUACUCAUGCUCAGCACAGGGCUACAGCAGUGGAUUUCUCAGCCAGCCUGGGUAACCUCCUCCCCUGCCUCACCCGGCCAGCCAACUCCAGCCACAUCUUCUACGGGGUCAUGUUUGAUGCCGGCAGCACUGGAACACGCAUCCAUGUCUACACCUUCAUACAGAAAAACCCUGAGGAAUUACCAGUGUUGGAUAAUGAGGUGUUCCAUUCCAUCAAGCCUGGUCUAUCAGCAUAUGCAGACAUGCCUGAAAUGGGUGGCUACACAGUGAGUGAGCUUCUGAAGGUAGCUAAGAAUACAGUUCCUCGGCUGGAGUGGAAGAGAACCCCGCUCGUCCUGAAAGCCACAGCAGGUCUCCGGCUGUUGCCCCCAGAGAAAGCCAAGGCUCUCCUGGAAGAGGUCCAGGACGUGUUUGAUGAAUCUCCCUUCUACGUCCCAGACGACAGCGUCAGCAUAAUGAAUGGCACAAGUGAAGGAAUCUUGGCAUGGGUAACUGUGAACUUUUUGACAGGUCAUCUGCAUGCUGAAUCCGGGAAGACAGUGGGGAUUCUGGAUCUAGGGGGAGGAUCGACUCAAAUCACCUUUCUACCUAAAUCCAAGAAAACCAUUCAAAGUUCACCUGCUGACUACAUUGCCAGAUUUGACCUAUUCAACUCAACGUAUGAACUGUACACUCACAGCUACUUGGGAUAUGGACUGAUGGCAGCUAGGCUAGCAGCCCUGGGUGCCCUGGGAGCCGAAGGAUUGGAGUGGAGAGUGUUCAGAAGCUCCUGCCUGCCCAAGAAGUUCAAAGAUGAUUGGAGCUUUGGAGGACUCACCUACAAAGUCAGUGGGAUUGUGGAUGGUUACGCGGGAUACAAGCUGUGUUACCAGGAGAUGUUGAAGGUGGUGAAGGGAGUAAUUCACCAGCCAUACGAGUUGAAAGACACCAGCAUUUUCUACGCCUUCUCCUACUACUAUGACCGAGCUGUGGACGCAGGCCUCAUCGAUGGGACCCAAGGAGGAACGCUGGAGGUCAGGGACUUUAAGAAGAGCGCUAAAGAGGUGUGUAACAAGAUGUCUAAGUACCGGAGCGUCAGCCCCUUCCUGUGUAUGGACAUGACCUACAUAACAUGUCUGCUCAAAGACGGCUUCGGCUUCAAGGAGAAUACUGUACUGCAGCUGACUAAGAAAGUGAACAACGUAGAGACGAGCUGGGCUUUGGGUGCCACGUUCAACCACUUCCAUAACCUAAAGAUCCACUGAGAGACGAG